CUUUCACUCCAGUCAUGAAUAGUAGCUUAAUAAACUAAUUUUAUUUAAAAUUAUACUGAAAAACGUUUUGCUUUCAAGACAAGCUGUCGUCUUGUAAUGAAGCGCCCUCUAUCGAGUUUAUAUGAAGACUCUUAUUUUGAAAUCUUUCAUAUUCUUCUUCUGCUGUGGCUCAAGACUUCUGCGAAAGACACGAGAAACGAACACAUUUAUGACCUCCUGCAUUAAUAUUUGCCUCCGCAUGAGUGCUAACCAGGCAUUUAAGUAUCAUGUGGAGUCCUGAUGAAAUAGCCAGUAUCUGUUAUAAUCACUUCAAUAAACUUCCUAAAAGAGGGAAGCCAGAGGCGGGCAGAGAGUGGACUCUACUGGCUGCUGUAAUUCUCCUGACUGACAGUUCAGACCAGAAGACAGUUCACAAGCAGGUUGUGUCUUUGGGGACGGGCACCAAAUGCAUCGGCCAGUCUGCUAUGAGUAUGAAGGGUGAUGUUCUGAAUGACAGUCAUGCAGAGGUUAUUGCUCGAAGGGGGUGUGUCAGGUAUCUGACGGAGCAGCUGUACAGGGCUGUGAGUGGCCAGAGCUCUGACGUCUUCUGUCCAGGGACUGAAAAGGGAAAAUGGACAGUUAAACCGGGAGUUUCUUUCCUUUUCUUCACCAGUCAAACACCCUGUGGUGAUGCCUCCAUAUUCCCUAUGACUGGCAGUGAAGCGCAGCCCUGUGAGCCAGUAAAGGCAGGCCAGAAGGACGAAUCAGAGAGACGAGGCCUGAAGCGACAGGCUGAGAGUGAAUUAGAGGAGACAAGUGACGACAACCAUUCAUCAUGCAGAAAAUCAGGGGAUUCCAAUCAGGAUGAGGUUAUAAUAGAAAACAAAGAGCUUAAUCAAUUAAACGAGGUCUCGCACUUUCAACCGGAUGUAAAGAAAGUCUGCCCACCUGACCUCCAUCGCACUGGGGCAAAGUGUGUCCCUGACGGCCCAGCUGACCCUCUCAAGCCUGGAUUACUCUAUCACAGUGUUGGGGUGUUGCGGGUGAAGCCGGGCCGCGGGGAGCGCACACUUUCCCUCUCCUGCAGUGAUAAACUUGCCCGCUGGGGCAUUCUGGGUAUCCAGGGUGCACUGCUGUCUCAUUAUCUGCAAGGGCCGAUCUGCUUCAGCGCUGUGGUGGUUGGAAAGGGUUCGUACAGCCAUCAGGCAAUGGAGAGAGCGCUGAAAACACGAUGUUCUCAUGUGAGGGGUUUGCCAUCAGGAUUCUCCGUACGUGCUCCAGAGCUUCUGCAGGCCAGUCUGGAAUUUACCCACAACCACACACACACUGAGUCCAAACACACACACUCACAGGGCAGGAUAUCUCCCUGCGGGGCAGCCAUCAGCUGGUCUGCAGUGUCCCAGCAGCCUCUAGAUGUCACUGCUAAUGGCUAUAAACAGGGAGUGACGAAAAAAGCUUUGGGCACAGUGCAAGCAAGAUCUUUAAUCAGUAAAGUGGAGCUCUUUCAUUCGUUUCUGAAACUGGUGGCAGCAACUGAAGACUCUCAUCUUCCAGAGUCAAUCUGUGGAAAAGAUUUGAGGACAUACUGGGACUACAAGCAGGCUGCAGAGACGUAUCAGCAGGCCUGGACACAGCUGCGACUGCAGGCCUUCCCGCUAUGGCCCCGCAGCCCACGAGAACUGCUGCUGUUUCAUUAGCGGACUGGACAUGUUACCAUACCAGUGUCCUGAAUGAAUCACAUGAAAAGAAGCUGGAUCUUGUACUUUAGGUUUCAGCACUCUUCACUUUUAUAUAUGUAAUAAAAUCGAUUGUAUUUCUCUUCCGUUUUUUGUAAAUACUACAUAAAAGUGAGUUCACCCUAAAUUAAAGAUUCUGACAUCAUUACUUACCCGGAUUCUCAAUACAAACCUGUAUGACUUUGUAUCUUA